AUGGACAAAGUAGAUCCGAUCCGGAAUGUAAAAGUGGAUGCUACAUCAACAGUUUACGCAGUUACACAAAUUGGUUUACGUGGUGGCAUUUUUCAGUACACAAAUGGAUUAAAAGUUUUAGGAAAGCCAUCACAAACGUUAAUUUUUGAUGAAGCAUUCUUCUGCUAUCGAGGAUCAACUCUCAUUGAUCAGGAUAAAUGUAAACCACAGUUGACAAAAUUAUCUGUACCAAGUUUGUAG